AUGCCAAUCCCACCCUGCACCCUCGAGCGCAUCAACCUCAACGACCCAGCACAACACACCGAACUCCACCGCCAACGCACCCUCUGCGGCUGGGACCACCACCCGACCACCCUCGCGCAAUGGCACGCCAAACAAUCCGAAGGCCUGAAGAACUUCUUCUGGAUUGUCGUUCCCAGCCCCAGCCCUAAAUCUCAGAAGAACACCAUCCGCGCCGGCCACAUCUCCCUCGACGCCUACAGCGACCCCCCGGACCCAGACCUCGCGCGGGCCGACCGAUCCAUCCUCGCCCUGCAGACCUUCUUCCUUCUACCCGAGUACCGCUCCGCAGGAGUGGGCCGCCACGCGCUGCAGCUGAUCGAGGAGCAGGCAGCCCGCGAGCCGGCCUGCCAAUGCAUCGCGCUGACGGCGCUGAGCAAGAAGUACCUGUACCAGGCGGGGCGCGAGUGGCGCGGGAUCUGGGCGCGCAUGGGCCAGCCCAUGCCCGCGUUCAGCAUCCAGGAGUGGUAUGAGAAGGCCGGGUACGUCGGGUGGAAGGAGGAGCCGCGGUACGAGGAGCGGAGUGUGGACGGGGAGGUGAUUUGGCUGUGGGAGGUGUUUAUGCGGAAGGAGGUGCGGCGGGAGGCUCUGUGA